AUGACUGUGUUCUCCGUCCUGCCCAGAGUCGCAAAUCAUGCUGCUUGUCUGGGAGGAAAACAAAGCUUGAGACCCAAGAUGAAGGCAGAGACGGAGGCUCCUUCUAAGGCUAAAAUAAUUUCUCAGAUUUUAUUGCUCGUGUGUCUCGGUUCCUUCAAUUCAGGCGGGGUGCUGGCAGUGAACAUGACUAUACCCAACACUCUCAUUAGAGGCGCAGUGGGAGGGGAGGCCCUGCUGUCUGUUCGCUACAACAGCUUCAGCCUUGACCUGCCGGUCAUCAAGUGGCAGCUCAAGAGGGAAAAGUCUGUCACUGUUGUCCAGUCGAUUGGAACUGACAUCAUCGGCACCCUGAGGCCUGAGUAUCGUGACCGCAUCCUGGUAUUUGAGAACGGUACUCUCCUCCUGCACAACCUCAGACUCUCUGAUGACGGAACUUAUGACGUGGAGAUCUCCAUAACAGAUGACACUUUUACAGGAGAGGGCAGCAUCACGCUCACUGUGGACGGUAGGAGGAUGACUUCUACUGUAUGA